AGCUGUGCCCGUCCUCAUUCCGUCCGCAUUCGCUGUCCUAAUUCCUCGCCCACAACGGACCAUCACCUACUGUAUAUGUAUCUUUCGAGCGUCUGCCGACUCGGACUCCAGGCUUAACGACGAAAACCCCCUCGCUCCCUCACGCCCAGCAAACCUCCCACUUCUUUCAUUCUCAUACUUCGUUCACCCUCCUCGAGACGACAACACACCCCAGAGCAGAGCGAAACCACAGCGCAAUGACACAGAACACAGAGCAGAAGAGGAUUCCAGUAGGCAUCCUGGGUGCCACCGGCACGGUCGGACAACGGUUUAUCCAGUUGUUGGAGGGUCAUCCCUAUUUCUUUAUCCAAGCCGUCGGUGCCUCCCCUAGAUCAGCGGGCAAGCCAUAUUCACAAGCAGCCUCAAAGUCGUGGAAGCAGGCGACCCCCAUACCCGACAAAGUGGGGUCGCUCAUUGUGCAAAGUUGCGAACCUACGCAUUUCAGCAACUGUCGAGUCAUAUUCUCCGGUUUAGACUCGGACGUUGCAGGGGACAUCGAAACUGCUUUCCUGAAAGCCGAUUUCGCCGUGUUCUCUAACGCAAAGAACCACCGAAUGGACCCGAUCGUGCCUCUCGUUGUGCCGCUCGUGAACCCAUCGCAUAUGGAUAUCAUCAAGCACCAACGAUCCGUCCACGGUCUCCAACAAGGUUUCCUUGUCACAAACGCAAAUUGCUCCACGACGGGACUUGUCGUCGCGUUGAAAGCCCUGCAGGAUGCGUUCGGCCCCUUGUCAAAAGUCAUCGUAACGACGAUGCAGGCGAUUUCGGGGGCAGGUUACCCCGGUGUGCCGAGUUUGGACAUUCUGGGGAACGUUGUUCCUUACAUCUCCGGAGAGGAAGAUAAGCUCGAGACGGAGUGUUCGAAGAUUCUGGGGAGUCUGAACUCUGACUUGACUGCAUUCGAGGCGCCUCCGGAAUUGAAAGUGUCUGCGAGCUGCAAUCGUGUAGCAGUUAUCGACGGGCACAUGGAGAGCGUGACGGUGGAGUUUGUAAAGCGGCCGCCACCAUCCAUCGCCGACAUCACCGCCGCCCUCGCAUCGUACACAUCAGACGCACAAAAGCACAAGGCACCCUCAGCGCCACAACACUCGAUCGUUGUGAUGAAAGAAGCGGAUCGACCCCAGCCGCGGAUGGAUAUCAUGGUCGGGAACGGGAAUGCGAUUGCCGUCGGGCGCAUUCGGGAAUGUAAUAUCUUUGAUGUCAAGUUCUCCUUGCUAUCGCACAAUACCAUCCUGGGUGCGGCAGGCAGCAGCAUCAUGAACGCGGAAAUUGCUGUUUCGAAAGGAUUCAUCGAGUGACCGCUGUGUGGCACGGAAGAUGGUUAGAUAUCAAACAUGUAGCUGCCCACAGCCAGACCAUGUAAAUUUCCACAACAUCACUCAGUUCCGUUCAUACAACAUAGAUCUAUUUCGCUUUCGCAACCGUUUUCCCCCGUUCAUACCCAUGUCCAUUUUGCUUAUUCAUGUCCGAACAUUGGAUGCCUGACAGUGACGCACACGCGUAAAACCCCCC